UCAUAAAAAACUACAAAUCCCUAGUGAGUUUGGAGAAACCGUUUCACCGCCUGACUUUACAAUGCAAGCGCAGAGGUGACCCUUCCGUGCAGUCCAACUCUGAGCCGGGAGAACAGGCACAUCACACAGAAGCAUCUUCACCUCUUAGCUAAAAUGGCCGAACCAAUCCGUGUUGUGGUGACUGGCGCUGCUGGUCAGAUCGCCUACUCCCUGCUGUACAGCAUCGCAAAGGGAGAUGUGUUCGGGAAGGAGCAGCCCAUCACCCUGAUCCUCCUGGACAUCCCCCCCAUGCUGCCCGUGCUGGAGGGAGUCGUCAUGGAGCUGCAGGACUGCGCCCUCCCACUGCUGAGGGAGGUGAUCCCCACUGACACGGUGGAGGUCGGCUUCAAGGACAUCGACGCCGCCAUCUUGGUUGGCUCCAUGCCGAGGAAGGAGGGGAUGGAGAGGAAGGACCUGCUGAAGGCCAACGUGGCCAUCUUCAAGACUCAGGGCUCUGCUCUGGACAAGUACGCCAAGAAGACCGUCAAGGUCUUGGUUGUUGGAAACCCAGCGAACACUAACUGUCUGAUCGCCUCCAAAUCUGCUCCGUCCAUCCCCAAAGAGAACUUCUCCUGCCUGACCCGCCUGGACCACAACAGAGCCAGCUCCCAGGUGGCGAUGCGCUGCGGAGUUUCUGCGGACAAAGUGAAGAACGUGAUCAUCUGGGGGAACCACUCGUCCUCUCAGUACCCCGACGUGCACCACGCCAAGGUCACCGUCAAGGGAGUAGAGAAGGACGCCUACGACGCCGUGAAGGACGAGGCCUGGCUCCGAGGAGACUUCAUCUCCACGGUGCAGCUGCGCGGCGCCGCCGUCAUCAAAGCCCGUAAACUGUCCAGUGCCAUGUCCGCGGCCAAGGCCAUCUGCGACCACAUGAGGGACAUCUGGUUCGGCACCAAGAACGGUGAGUUCAUCUCCAUGGGUGUGUACGCCGGUGGAAACUCCUACGGCAUCCCAGAGGAUCUCAUCUACUCCUUCCCCAUCGAGAUCAAGAAUAAGACCUGGAAGAUGGUGGGCGGACUCCCCAUCAACGACUUCUCCCGCGCCAAGAUGGACGCCACAGCAGCUGAGCUGGUGGAGGAGAGAGACACCGCGAUGGACUUCCUGUCCCAGUGACUGACUCCCCCUGCUGGCCAACUGCAGCAACUUCACCUAGACCCCCAGAAGAGUUGCUGCUCGAAGCUCUGAAGAAGAAGAUGCUCUCCACUCGUAUUAACCGUCCCAGCUGCCCAGUGUGUGUUUGACAGAGUGUGUGUGUCACUUGGCCACUUCUUCUCCAGGUUUUCAGAAUAAACCUAUUUAACAACCACAACCUGGCCGUCUGCACCGAGAGAAUGUCUGUGUUGGUAGAUGAUAACGCACACUCGCUGUCCAGAAACUGUAACGGAUCAUGUUGUCACAAAUAAAACCACAAAGAAACUGACCCAACAAAAACA